AUGCAUGUCGUAAACACAACUGGAUUUUGUGAUACCCUCUGGCUGAAACCUCCAUGUAGGUCAGUAUCUCAUAUGAUCAUAUCAUCCAGUGAUUUGUUGAAGGUCACUCUGACCGCAUUUGCAUGUCAUCUUCUCGAAGUUUGCACUUUCCUUGAUAUUCCACUGGAGGCGCUGCCGAUGGGCUGUCUGCAAACAAAGCACGCCAUUCGAUCGCCACACUUGCUGGAUACACGCGAAGUUGUAGCCCUUGCUGCUGAAACAUCUUGUGAGAAAGUGGAUCUUCCAGAUUUUGUUAAUAUUGCUACUGGAACACUGCUUACAGUGAGUGAAGUUGAAGCACUAUAUGAACUCUUCCGGAAAAUAAGUAAUUCAAUUAUCAAAGAUAAUCUAAUUCACAAGGAAGAAUUCCACCUUGCUCUCUUUAGGAGCAAGAAGAAGCAAAAUCUCUUUGUUGACAGGAGUGUGAUAUACAAGGCUUCAAGUCUUCAACAUAGGGUUGAUGAUGAUGAUGAUUUAUGCUUUAGUUCAAGAAUAAAUUCAAUGUGUGUGUUUCAUCCAGAUGCACCAGAAGAACAAAAGGUUGCAUUUGCAUUUAAGUUGUAUGACUUAAGACAGACAGGCUUUAUAGAACGGCAUGAGUUAAAGGAGAUGGUGUUGGCUCUGCUGGAUGAAUCAGAUUUGGAUAUUGCGAGCGAUGCUGUCGAGAUGAUUGUUGAUAGGACAUUUGAUCAGGCUGACACAAAAGGUUAUGGGAAGAUAGAUCAAGAAGAAUGGACUGCAUAUGCUAAAGAUAAUCCAUAUGUGCUGAGGAAUAUGACCCUUCCCUACCUCAAAUCUCAUAUGGUGUUGCUGCCAAAGAAGCCAGGAGCAAAUGUGGUCUCGGCUUUCAGGCCGUUCUGUCUUCAGAAUUGUUGUGUGAAGAUUCUGUCCAAGAUCUUAACAACGACGGUGCAGACACAAAUCAACAACCUUAUGGGUCUUGACCAAACAGGUUUCAUCAAAGGGCGCUCAAUCACAGAAAAUUUCGUCUAUGCAAUGGAACUCAUCCAGUGUUGUCACAAGCGGAAAAACACCAACGCUUGUCGUCAAAUUGGAUUUUGCAAAAGCUUUCCACACAGGAAGCUGGGAAGCCUUAGAUUCAGUUAUACAGGUCAGAGGCUUCACCCACAUUUGGCCAAGAUGGAUGCGGCACAUAGCACAAUCAUCUCGAUCAGCGGUAUUGGUUAA